CUCGACAAUAGAAUACAUUGGGAUUCAUUGGCUCUUGAGACGGGGACACUGUAGACUCCGUACAAAAAAACAAAGACUACAUGCCCCUCACUGCAUUUCCGCGCUCAAACGUACCGAACGGUCACAGAGCUGCCGGACGCGCUGACGGACGUAAGCACGCUGUUCUGCUCAAUGUCAAGCAGCUGCGCGCCACUCGGUCCGACCGUUCCACCCGACGCGAGCGUCGCCCUGGCGUUCGUGAACGUCACAGUGCCGAAGUUGGCGAACGGCACGAGCGAGUUGCCCUGCUCAAAGUCCUCGACGAUCCACUCCGCGUUCUCCCCACACAGUCUGCCGCUGCCCGAGAGCGUCUUGGACACGCUGCGGCCGGUGGACUCGUUCGUGAUCGACACAUGGCCGGAAGUCGAUGACGUCUUGGUCGCGACGAGGGUGAUCACGUCGCCCGCGCUGACGGAGAACCCGGAGAAGUCGCUCGCAAACGCGGGGUAGAACUCGUACCAGGCUGUUCAUGACUUCAGAUCGGGGUGCAAAAGAUCGGAUGCCAACAAACAAACGCACCAUCGAACGAGACGCGGCCGUUGUCGACGUUGAAGUCGAUGCCAGUCUGCAUGAUGCCGCUCGAGCAGGUGUCGCCGUCGAUGCCGACCCACGCCGAGGCCGCGGAGCUGCCCGACCCGCCGGCAGAGCGGGGCGUCGGGACGGUGAACGUGCCGGUGACGGACGUGUACGUGCCCGAGGGGCUCUCGAGGCUGGCGCCGGCCCAGUUCUGGCUGUACGCGACGUGGGAGGUCACGUUGGAGAUCAAAUUCGCGUGCGGGCCCUCGGUCGGGAGACGCGGGCCGGACAUGCGGCGGCGGGCCUGGCGGCCUUCGACGUUGCUGCGCGGAGCGGCGAGGGCGGCGGCGGCGAGGAGGAGCGAGACGAGGGCAGAGGCGAAGACCAUUUUGAAUGUUGCUUGUGCGAGAAGCUGGGAGGAUACCGAGAUGGGACCUUGGGACUCCUACCCUGGAGAACGUCCGCAUUUUAUACGAGUGUGGUUGUCGAUGGCGCUCUUCGCGUCAUAUGCUCGGUCGCUCGCGUUGAACUGGAUAGACGCCACGGCCCAGCGCAUGAGCAUGUGAAAUCUCCCCCCGCAUGCACCAGCACGCGCGUCGAGUCGCGAUGGUCGUUCCUAUUCCAUGAUUCAGCGGGAUAGAACUCGGAGACAGACAACCAGGCCCCACGCUUUGCGCCCGAGAGUUGCCACGGGCCCCAUAUCCGCGGUGCCGAAGGAGAUGGCGCCAGUCAAGAAGGGACCCAUAUCGCUCGCAACACAUGAGAA